AUGGGACGCGGCAAAGUCCGCAACCCUACCCUCUUGCUGCAGACAGACUUGCCCCUGGAACCCGCUAUUAGUUGCCGCAAACCUGGCUCUUUUCCUCUCCUUCGCGACCCCCUUCACCUUACGGGAGAGAGGCUUGGUGGCUUUGGCGAUUCAAUGGGGACGCUAGUAUCGCUCCGCUCGAUGAGCAGCCACCGGCUCAACUUUCUCACGAUUCACUACUGCUACUUUGUCGUUGUCUGCCUGCUCAGCUCCGUCGUGUUUUGGGCCUCGUCGAGCCCGCGGGGCCGGAUAUCCUACGUCGACAGCCUCUUUGUCGUCGUCUCGGCCAUGACCGAGGCCGGCCUCAACACGGUCAAUCUCAGCACCAUGACGACCUGGCAGCAGACGAUUCUCUUUCUGCUCAUCAUGCUGGGCGGCACCAUCUGGGUGUCCAUCUGGACCGUAUUCGCGCGCAGGGCUGUCUUUUAUCGCCGCUUCGUGCACACGGCGUGGCCCACGUGGGCAUGUUCCCCUGCUCGGCAGACUAUCCGUACAGCGCAUGCGCAAGGUGUCAAGGACCCGAGUAGUGGAUCAGGUCCCGGAAGCGCAUCGUCACAUUCUGCGUCUCCCCGGGUUUGCUCUGCCGCUGCUGAGAAAGACCUGGACAUGGCACUUGCUCGGACGCGCGGGCGCCCCUACUACACCUUGCCUCAGAAGCCAUCCAGCCCGAGGAACGAAGAGGAUGGGCUCGCCGAUGGAAAGAGCCAGCGUAUCUGCGGCUGCGAGUACCGUGCUCUCGAGCUCCUCUCCAUUAUCGUGCCUGUAUACUUUGUCCUCUGGCAACUGCUGGGUUGCAUCGGCUUAGGAGCAUGGGUGCACAAUCACAUGCCCGACACUGCGCUUGCCAAUGGCAUCAACCCAUGGUGGCUAGGCGUCUUCAACGGGGUUUCGGCCUUUAACAAUUCCGGCAUGUCCCUCCUCGAUGCCAACAUGGUGCCCUUUCAGGAGGCCCACUUUGUCCUCAUCACCAUGGGGCUGAUGAUUCUCGCCGGAAAUACGGCCUAUCCCAUCUUCCUGCGUCUCAUCCUCUGGUCUGCCCACAAGCUGUUGGAUCUGACGACGGAAGCUGACUCGUUUCAGAGCACUAAGCUCGCCGUUCAGCUUUUGCUCAAGGACCCCCGACGCAUCUACACCAACUUGUUUCCGUCGCGCCUCACCUGGUGGCUUUUCUUUAUGCUCGUGUGCCUCAACUCGAUUGACUGGGUGCUCUUUGAGCUGCUCAACUUGAACAAUCCGGUCGUCGACAGCAUUCCCGUCGGCCCUCGCGUUCUUGUCGGACUCUUUCAGGCUUUGGCUGUUCGAUCCGGUGGGUUCUAUGUCGUGCCGAUUGCACAAAUCGCCAUUGGAGUACAGUUUCUAUACGUCAUCAUGAUGUACAUUUCGGUAUACCCAGUUGUGAUGACCAUACGCCAGUCGAGUGUAUAUACAUACUCGCAGCGAGACGGGCCUGGUAUUGAGCUACGCGAUGCGGCACACUCCCACCUGCCCAAACUCAGCAGAGCCGUUUCGUAUCCCAUUGAGAAACGCAGUCUGACCACCAGGCACCGAGUUCAUCUUACAUUCGCUACACCAGCCGAAAGAGCUACCUGGCGUGGAAAGCCGGGCCACCCAGUCACAACCACAACUGGGGUAUCGCCUCCACUUCUGUACUCUGAACAGCUGAGUAAUUGGCCUCGAGAAAAGCGACCAAGCCAUCAUGCACGAUUACUAUCGCUACAUGGAACUCCUCCACCUCCCACAUAUGACAGCCACAUGAGCUUCAUUCACCAGCAAAUUCACGGGCAACUAGCUCAGGAUAUAUGGUGGCUCGUUCUAGCUGUGCUUGUGAUUGUCAUAAUUGAAAGUAGUCAAUUCAACGCGGAUCCCAUCAAUCAUUCGGUUUUCAACAUCAUCUUUGAAGUAGCCUCGGCAUAUGGAACGGUCGGUAUUUCCGUGGGAACGCCGAGUGGCGCCUAUAGCUUUUCUGGGACGUGGUACACAGGUAGCAAACUCAUUCUUUGUCUGGUUAUGCUGCGAGGCAGACACAGGGGGCUACCUACAGCGUUGGACCACGCCAUCAGACUGCCGGAGCAACAUUUGAAUUGCAAAGAGUAUGACAUGGAGGACAAGUAG